AACGUAGCGAACACACUCCGUCUCGAGCGCGAUGGAGGGCGGCGCGUACGCGCAAGGCGAUCAGACGACGGAGCUCGAGUUUGAGAGCGCCAUGACGUUCGCGUCCGCGCGCGGCUUCGAGCUCGGUCGCGUCGCGGCGCGCGAUCGCGCGCCGUCGCGCUCCGCCGCCGCGUUCGAUCGCAGCUCUAGCGCUCGCUGUUGUUCCACCGCGCACGCAUCGCGUCCGUUCGCCGCCGCGAGCGCGUCGAACGAUCGCAACGUCGGCGUGUGGAGCGUAUGCAAGUCCUUGCUCGCCGGCGGCGUCGCCGGCGGCGUCUCGCGAACCGCGGUCGCGCCGCUGGAGCGUCUCAAGAUCUUACAGCAGGUCGCCGGGAGCACGACGAAAUCGUAUAAGGGCGUCCUGGGCGGGCUGUCGCAUAUCCUACGCACGGAAGGCGUCCUCGGGAUGUUCAAAGGGAACGGCGCGAACUGCGUGAGGAUCGUCCCGAACAGCGCGUCGAAGUUUCUCGCGUACGAGUUUCUCGAGGGAUUUCUAGUCAAACGUGCACGCGAGAGCGACGAAAAUGCGCAACUUGGUCCGGUUACGCGCCUCAUCGCCGGCGCGGGCGCGGGGGUCUUCGCGAUGAGCGCGACGUACCCGUUAGAUAUGGUACGCGGACGGCUCACCGUGCAGGUGGACGGGAAAGGGAUGAAGCAGUACACGGGGAUGAUGCACGCGACGAGGGUCAUUGUGCGAGAGGAGGGCGCCCGCGCGUUGUACAAAGGCUGGCUCCCGUCCGUGAUCGGCGUCAUCCCUUACGUGGGCCUGAAUUUCGCGGUGUACGGGACUUUAAAAGACUACGCCGCCGACUUUCAAGGGUUGGAUAGCGCGAAAGAUCUGUCCGUCGCGAGUGGGUUGGCAUGUGGCGGCGUCGCCGGCGCGAUCGGGCAAACUGUAGCGUAUCCAUUCGACGUGUGCCGGCGAAAGCUACAAGUCGCCGGGUGGGAGGGCGCGAAAGCGCUCGCGGAAGGAGAGCAUGCCAGGCGUUUGUCGAACGUGCGUUACACCGGCAUGAUAGAUUGCUUCGUGAAGACGGUGAAGAACGAAGGUGUCGGCGCGUUAUUUCAUGGCCUGAGCGCGAAUUACGUCAAGGUCGCACCGUCGAUCGCGAUCGCGUUCGUGACGUAUGAAGAGCUGAAGAAGCUAUUGGGGGUGGAGCUUUACAUAUCG